CCACCCCCUUGCACUGAGGAAAUCUUCCUGUAACUUUCAUAUUCAAUUCAAUUGCUCUCUGCAAAGCAGCAGGAAGGGAUAGGCUGUUACCUAUGGCUGGAGACAACCGCAACAGAAACCCCCUUAAGAAUUUGGAAUCUUUGGGGAAAGAACUCUGUACUGGCAUUUUGUACAGCUUGUUGGAAAAAAAUGUCUUGAAUUUGACGGAAAAAGAAAAGGACAAAUUUUAUGAUGCUGAAUUGAAAGACAAGGUCCGGGUCUUUGCAGACACUAUGCAACAGAAAGGCCAUCAAGUAGAAAAAGUCAUCGUCCAAACCUUCCUUAAUAAGGACAACAACUCCAUCAGUGUAAAAGCUCCUGCAAAUGUGGCAACUGGACCAGAUGAGUUAAAAGAAUCGACAGAUAUUCUCAAGCUUUGUCCUCAUGAAGAGUUCCUGAAACUGUAUAAAGAAAGAGCUGGAGAGAUCUAUCCAAUCAAGGAGAAGCAGGAUCGCACUCGUCUGGCUCUUAUCAUAUGCAAUACCCAGUUUGACCAUCUUUCUCUCAGGAAUGGGGCUGACCUUGAUGUCACAGGGAUGAAGGGGCUGCUUGAGGGCCUGGGCUACAGUGUGCAUGUGGCAGAGAACCUCACCGCCAAGGAUAUGGAAGCAGUGCUGCAGGCAUUCGCUACCCGCCCAGAGCACAGGUCUUCGGACAGCACCUUUCUCGUGCUCAUGUCUCACGGCAUCCUGGAUGGAAUCUGCGGCACCACGCAUCGGGAUGACAAACCAGACGUGCUGCCCUAUGACACCGUCUUCCGAAUAUUCAACAACCGCAACUGCCUCAGUCUAAAGGACAAACCCAAGGUCAUCAUUGUCCAGGCCUGCAGAGGUGCAAAUCGUGGGGAAUUGUGGGUCAGUGACUCUCCAGUGACCUCAGCAGACAGCUCUUCACAGCCUUCUGAGCACCUGGAGGAGGAUGCUGUUUACAAGACCCAUGUGGAGAAGGACUUCAUUGCUUUCUGCUCCUCAACCCCACACAAUGUAUCCUGGAGAGACAUCACAAAGGGGUCUCUCUUCAUCGCGCAGCUCAUCACGUGCUUCCAAAAAUACUCAUGGCGCUUUCACCUAGAGGAAGUAUUUCGGAAGGUACAACAAUCAUUUGAAAAACCACAUGUUAAAGCUCAGAUGCCCACCAUUGAACGACUAUCCAUGACAAGAUAUUUCUACCUGUUUCCUGGCAAUUGAAAAUAGAAAUUACAGGCAAUCCAGCCCUUCUUGAUCAACUUCAAAAAGCACCUUUAUCAGUACUGCACAUGUAUUUAACCUUUUGAAUGCUCAUAAAAGUGAAAACAAAUGGCUGUGUCUUAUUGGUCCUCUACUAGAGAACACAAUUUCAAUUAAAAUGGUGGAUGAGUGGAAAUGAAGUGAAAGAAGAGAACUGGAUUUUCUAGAUUUAUGAGUCACAUAAUAUCUGCACUGCAUUGAGUGAAGAGAACUGUCUAUGACUUGCCUUCAGCAAAAGUGUGAAAUGCUUCCUAUCUGGAGAUGAUAAUUCCAAAUUGGUCAGCUCCUCACUAUACACUCCAGCCCUGGGACCAUUAAUGUCGUCCAGAAGAAGUAUUCUUAGUACUUAACCAACAUUAUAGGUUGAGUUAAUUUUUUUUUCAGUAAACUAUUAUUAUUUUAGCAAAUCA